AUGGCGACUCCGUUUCUCCCCCUCGACUCAAACGUGCGUCUCGAGGAGCCCAAAGGAAAGUUGACGGUUCCUGAGGGUACACUGGUAUGGAAUUUGAAUCAAGCGUGUGACUCCAAGGGCUGGGGUGGGGUUUCUCCAGAUGUUGCGUUGAGACUUACAUCUUUUUGUGACGGAAGGUUGCAGGCUCUAGAGCCUAUCGAUGGCCGGUCAGCACCCCCAGAGUUUACGGAUGCUGUCACGGGCCAGUAUGACGUGCGGACCUGGCGAAAAGGCGAACUCCUCCUCUCGAUUGAAGGAGAGAAGUCGGUGUACCUCAAGGUUCCUACAAUUGCUACUGUUGUGUCAUGGACGUCCCCCGAGCGUCUGCCUGUGCUCACGAAAUCGUGGAAGCCGGCAAUCUUUCUACUCAAUUCGUGCUAUGUAGCCGUCAGAUACAUUCCAGAUUCUGUGCUGCUUUUGACUCGACCUGACGAGAGUUCGACCGCCUGGAAUGUAACGCCUGUCAGCUACGGGCGAGGCUUUAUCAGUCUAGAUCCUUGCAACGAAAAGGUUAUAUCCUACGGUUCCUUCGCGAUCCCUGAAGCCGUGAAUACGCUAGCUCUGCCUCAGCAGCCAGGCCCCUCGAAGAACGAUUUCUUCAUCCAGUACUUUCCGUGGGGUCUCCUUGUCAUUCCUAAGCAUAUAGAUAUCAGUAAGGGAGGACUAUGCGGAGGCGGGAACUCAAAGCUCGCCAUGGUCAUUCACCCACCCAACGUGUUCAUCACUGUCCAGUUACUGUUUCCGGCCAAACUGGCAAAGACCCUGCAGUAUGAAACAGACUUUGUCAUUACAGCGAAGAAAGCAAGUGAAUCGGAUAUCGUCAUCUACCUUAUCGUGGACGGGCAGCUGGUAUCCUACGACUACUCCUUCGACAUUCGCAUCAACAAGCCCGAGAAGCCGCCCGUAAACGUCUUAGCGAAAUUCAAGACUUUCUUCUCUUCAGACGAACUCACCAAAAUAAAGGCAGCGAAAGCAGACAAAAAACCCUACAAUCCUCGCAUCACGUUCGCAGAAAGCGACGUUCAGAAAGUCAUUGUGCAAGAAGGAUCCCCCCUCUCUCAAGGCCACCUCCUCACCGAACAGACUGCUGCUGUUUAUGAUGCCGAAACGGGGAUGUACUACUCUAACCCGAUCGGCAUGAAGCUGACGAAGGUCUUCAAGGAAGUCGUCGUCCCGACUCCGAAAAAAUCGUCAGAGAAACCAGUGGAGGCAGACCCAACGGCAUCGUCCUCUCCAACAACCAAUGCGCAGCCUGCAGCUGAGACUGUUGCCGCUCCUAAUGCUCCUUCCGCCUCUACUGAAGAGCCUGCAGCUGAGCCUAGUGCUACGCCCAACGCUCCUUCCGCCUCUACUGAAGAGCCUGCAGCUGAGCCUAGUGCUACGCCCAACGCUCCUGCCGCCUCUACUGAAGAGCCUGCAGCUGAGCCUAGUGCUACGCCCAACGCUCCUGCCGCCUCUACUGAAGAGCCUGCAGCUGAGCCUAGUGCUACGCCCAACGCUCCGGCCGCCUCUACUGAAGAGCCUGCAGCUGAGCCUAGUGCUACUCCCAACGCUACUGCCACUUCGCCUGUUGAGGGAGAAAAUAAGCUAGGGACAGCCGCUCCGGCGAACGAUAAGGAGGUGGCAGCCACACAGGAUCAAGGGGACGAUGUCAAGAAACCCGCUGAGGACACUGCCGCAGACGGCUUGCCCGCGUCUCAAUGA